CGCAGCGACCUCGUCCGCUUCAGCUGCAGAAGAGCAUGAAGCUAGCCAAGACACACAUUCCAUUAAUGAUCAAUGAAUUACUGAGGCCAUGGCUGUUAUUGUUAUCCAUAACAAUGAGGACGACGCUGGCGACGGCAGCGAUAAUGGAGCUGCCAAUGAGUGAAUUGCCGCUAGGUACGCCCCUGCGCCAGCAUGGCCAAAGCAAUUACCAUGAGCCGAACAUUGAGGCGCUGCCAGGGCCAGGAUUAGCUGGCUAUGCCACUACACGACAUUAUUAUGGGGCAGCUAGUGCAGCAGGUGACUUGGCAGCGACACCAUAUGCAAAUUAUGAACGAAAAGCCAUCAGUGGUCUAGCUGGCAUAGCCAAUGGCUUUGUGCCACACAGCUACAACGGCAACGGCAACGGCAACGGCAACGGCAACGGCAACAACAACAAUGGCAUGCAGUCAGGAUACUCGGAUCAGGGUAAAAUCGAUUUUGUCAUUAAUACGGCAAAUUAUGAGUUGACUCCCAACGAAGAGCAACAACAGCAGCAGCAAGAGCAGCAGCAGCAGCCGCCUGACAUCUACUAUCAGAGCUAUGUGUAUCAGCCGCGGGCAUCGCAGCACAACAACGAUUAUCAUAUUGAGCAAUUUUCCAAUUAUCGCCAUCCUGCCGCUAGCAGAGAACAGCAGCAGCAGCAGCAACAGCAAAACCCCAGCGACAACGCGUUGGCUUAUGCGAACAGGCAGCUGCGCUCGGAGCUGCACGAGCUGCCUGUCAAGCGAAAGCAGCUUGAGCAGCAGGACAGAGGCGCCCAGCUGCCACACGAGGAUCAGCAGCUGCUCUACUCCCAGGCAGAGCGACACGUUGUCGAUCUGCCCAGUCGCCAUUCGUUGCCGCCGAUCACAACGACCGUGCAUCACACGCCGUCGAGCAGCAGAGCCGUAGCCGGGCUGCCGCUGUCCAAGCACAUUGAGGUCACAAAGCACGUGCCCAUCACGCACUAUCAGCAGGUGCACGUGCCCUACAAGCAGCCACUGCAGCUGCGCAUACCUCGGCCUGUGAUCACCGCCAUUCCGAAGCCAAUUCCCAUCCGGAUACCCGUGACGAAGGCAGUGGCUGUGCCGCAACUGCAGGAGGUCAAAAUACCCAUGGAGAAAGUUAGGCCCGUUCCAGUCGAGCGACCCAUUCCCUAUGUCGUCGAGCGCCAAGUGCCCUAUCGUGUCGAGAAGCCCAUAGCCACGCCCGUCUACUACCCAUAUCCAGUCAAAGUUCCCGUCAUACGCACCGUGGUACACAAGCAGCGGCCGCAAUACGCGAUUUCCGCUCAGGCCUUGAACUCAUAUGGCGGUUGGCACUCGCCCAAUCAUCUGCUGGGCUAAGCUUUGUCCAAAUUAUAAUAUUUAUUUAGAGUUUGUU